GCAGGGCGUUCCCACAGUGCGGUCGGGGCUGGGCCUGGAGGGCAGCCUGGGGCCUGGGCAUGGCGAGGCCACCCACUGCACAGCGUCGCCCCUGCCUGGAUUCAGCUUACUUACCUGAAAACUGAGAGGCUGGGAUGGAUGGUUACCAUGGGGAUGUUCAACUCCAGUAUCAUCAGUUUGAGGAUUUAGGGGGCACAAAAAGUUUGCCAUCAUCUCAAAACUGUCUUGUCCUCUGACCCGUUUCUGGCGCCUCCUCCCCGGAGGCCUGGUUGCUCCCUGCCUCAUAUCUGGGUAGCAGGAGCUGCAAGGUGCCCACGGCAGGAGCUCCAGGGCUUGGAAGGCCCGUGCUCCUCCCCCACUGUGGUGGGUGGGCUCUGCUUCUAUGACAACAGUGGACUUUCCUCCUGGAGACGCUGAGAAUUCAAGGUCAGGAACGGGGAGAGGAGGCUCCCCAUCUAGUAGAGCUCCUGAGGCAGGGGAGAGGUAAGAGGCGACCUCAGCCACCUUUAGCUUCCUGCAGAAAAUGGCCAAAGGAAGGCGCUUCAACCCGCCUUUAGACAAGGACGGAAGAUGGUUCCCUCACAUCAGACUAAUGCAAAGCACGCCCGAAUCUACCACCAGUGCUAUGUUAAAAGAACCCCACAGUCCACAUUUGUCUCAGCAAGCGGAGGGCAAGCUACCGCCGAUCUACAAAGUCCGGGAGCAGCAAGCAGUAAAUAACAACUUCCCCUUCUCCAUGCACGACAAUCGGCACUGCUUUCAGAACUCUGGCCACUACCUGGACUCUGGUCUGGGACGACGGAAGAUCUCCCCAGACAAAAGGCAACAUGCUUCAAGAAAUUUCAAUCUUUGGGCAUGUGACUAUGUUCCAUCUUGUCUUGAUGGCAUUUCAAAUAACCAAAUAUCAUAUGUCCGUCAGGAAGGCAUGGUGGGUCCAAUAUUCAGACGCUUUCCAAGACAUUAUAGUGAGAUAUGGAAUGCUUUUAAAUUUAUUCCUCAGCAAAGCUAUACAGAGUUUUUGAAAAAGAAUUCAUAAGUAAGGUUUGCUGUUGACAAAAAGGCUAGUUCUCCAUUGGAGCCCUAAUACUUCUGGAAGAUUCUUGAUGAAUUUUGCAGUCUUGGUAUUUUAUCAAACGUUCUGAAAGUGUGUGUCUUCUGAUUUGGUGCUACUUUAAAUUGCAUAUAAGGUUUAUUUAGAAUUAGAGAUUAAAGACUGUAUAUGCCUUAAUGCCGAGUGAAGUUUUCUCAAAGUGAUAAUAUAGAAAUUAAAGUUUUUAUAUUGAGAAACUAGAAGGCAACAGAUAUGUUACCAUUUCCCACCUUUACAGUAGUUUAAUGAUUUUUAAUAAGGUUUAAAAACAUUCAAGUCCUUAUAAAAUAAAGAUAUGUGAAGAUAUACACAUUUUAAAUGAGUAUAUUUUAAAUGAAAAUGUAUUUAAGUGAAUUUUAAGACUGCCACACUAACUUUUAGGGGAGUUUAAAAAUCACAUAAUUAAUACAUGAUUACAUUUUCAUUUUGAAAUUUCAAACAGUAUAGAGAAAGCAGGAGUCCCGCUUGAUUUUACUACAUCUCCAAUCUUGGUCCUGUCCCCAGAUGUCAGUUAACCAUUUGUUUUUAUUCUGUGCAUUUAUAAUCAUGUACAUGUACAUAACCACCUAAAAUUUUUGAACAUAAAGUGUGUUAUACCGUACAUAGCUUUCUUCUGAUAUUUAACAGUGUAUCUUGGAAUUGUUGUAGUGUCUUAUGAAGGGACUGGUUCGCUUUUUAAACUCCCGCCCUGGAUUCCCUAACAUGGAUGCACCAUGUGUUUAAAAAUUAGCUUCGUAUUAGUGAGCAUUUGAAUUGUUUCUAAUUUUUUGCUGUCAGAUCUGGUGCCUUAUGUCUGAUCAACCUCUCUGGGUGCAUGUUUACAUGAACUGCUGGAGUAAUCUCUGAAAAGUUACCUUUUUGGUAGAGCUGGGUUGGAAGGUAUGCACAACUGAAGUUUUAUUAAAUGCUCCCACAUUACUUUAGCAAAUGACUGGGCCAAUUAAACUACUG